CCGACUGUGCAAAUUUGACGGAUAAAGUUUUUUCGAAGUGGAAGCGACGAGGAUCUCCCGUAUCGUAUCGGAUCUGUCCGUGCACUUUUAAUGGUUUUAUUCAUUGAAAAUUUUACCAUUUUGUGUCCGCGAUGAACUUCAGCCUGAUCUGUAGGUUGUGUACCGAACCGCGGCCCCGAUUGCGGUCAAUAUUUGAAAGCCAUCCGCAGGGAUCGAUCAACCUACUUUUCGAGGAAAUUUUACGCGUUCAUGUGGAUGUCCGCGAUGGACUGCCGCAGCAGGUAUGCCGGCAGUGUGCCACCCAGAUGCGCAAAAUUCAGGAAACGAUAUCCUUCUUCCGGGGAAACGACUUGAAGCUACGGCAGCAGCUGAUCGAUUCCGGCAGGCACGUUCCACUGGUUGAGAUCAAGGAGGAAGAGGUCGAGGUGGAAGUACUGGAAGAAGCCUGCAAGCAAGAACUCGUGGUAGCUGAUAUUGGAAAAAUAUUGGAAAUCAAACAUGAGGUAGAUGUUGAACAAACUGACGAAGAUUACAUCAAUGAAGAAUACUUGGAGCAAGAUGAAAACGAAAUCGGAACAGGGGACGAAGACUACACGCCUUCUAAAGAAGAGAUUGAUAAGCUGGAGGAAUCUUCCGAGUCCAAUGAUGACGAUGAAAGGGAUGAAAACAGCGAUGAUGAUGACGACAGUGAGGACGAUAGCGAGGACAGUGAUGAAGACGAGCUGCUAGUGAGGCGUAAGAAGAGGAAGGCGGCCCGUAAAAAGCGUCAACAGCGAAAUGUUCGGCGAAAAAAGAAUACCACAGAUAGCAAAAAGCUGAAAGGCAAACCGGGCCGUAAGAAGACGAGAUUCCUGGAUCCGGACCGUCCUCGCCAGAAUGAUCACAAAUGUUACGUAUGCAAAGGUUUACCCCUGGAAAAUGCCGACGCUGUGCUAGCACAUCUGUGUGAACAUCGCGACCUUUUGCCGUACACCUGUCCAGAUUGCGUGAAAGAAGUCGUUGUCAUUAACAAUGUAACAACACUGAACAAUCAUUUGCAGAUGCACCGGAAGCCUUACAAAUGUCAACAUUGCGAUAGACACUACAGCAGCUCAAAUGCCAUUAGUCUACACGUGCAGAUGGUUCACCCGGAGGUUUCCGGUAAGAAAGAACCCCACUUCUGUGAGGUCUGUGGAGGCGAAUUCCCCACCAAGCUGGUCCUAUUGAUCCAUCUGCGGACACACACGAAGCAGUUUAGUUGCGAGCAUUGCGGCAAGCAAUUUGUUGAAUCGCACAAACUGCGGCGGCAUAUUGGGCGGGUCCACGAACAAAGUGAGCCGAAACACGAGUGUAAAAUCUGUCACAAAAAGCUGAAAACAUUGGACGCCGUGACGAAUCACAUCAAGACGUUCCACUCGGAUCAGGAAUUCCACUGCAAAUACUGCCAGCGAAGGUACACAUCCAUAAACUCACUGCGCUGGCACGAGAAGCGUCACGAGAAAAACGAAAACUAUCAGUCGCCCGGCCGCUGGACCCAGUUCUACGUCGAUGCACCUCCAGAUGAAGUCCCGACACCGGGGGCACUGAAAAAGUACAAGUGUCUGAUCUGCAACUGUAUCACCACGGCCAUCGGGGGCCAUCUGCGCAAAAAGCACUUCCCGGAGGAAUACCGUUGCAGCAAGUGCGGUGAAGUUUUCAAUGAUCGGCAGCGCCUAAAAGUGCACGUCCUGGAACACGAACAGGGUCCGGCAUUCCGAUGCCCGAUCUGUGGACGAGAGUUUUCGCUCAAGAAAAAUCUAAUUUGUCAUUUGAAGACCAAAAAGCACGCCGACCAUCCGUUGGCCCAGUCGCUGGAAUGGCUCGGGGUCGGCGUCAGAUCGUCUGGCGCAUCCGGCGGAGGAUCAUCGGAUAAGUCUAAGGUCGAACCCGGUGAGAGUUCGAUGGCUCUCGAAACAUCAAUGGACAUCAAGAGUGGGGUAGUGGUCGAUGAUUCCAGCAUCAUCGACGAUACCAGCAUAGCGGAAGAGGCCAAUGUGAGCGUCAGCUAUUUACAACAACAUGAGCAUUUGGCUGUAGAUUAAAGUACCCAUUAUCUGAAAAGCGGAUUUUAUUACACUUAUGUUGUGGUAUGCAUUAUACGUUAAAUGAAGGAAUAAAGAUAAAAUUUAGAAAAAAC